AUGUCAGCAGGUUUUGAGUGGGGCGUAACUCAUCAAACAGAACUAAGCAACGAGGUGGCCACGAUUACACUGAAUGAAGGGAUAACCAUUCCCUCUCGUUCUUCAUUAAACAUAAAGGCGAUGCAUAAUAACCACAACCUUAUCAAUUCACAAAGUUUGGGGAGGAAGAGGAAGCACUUCGAAGAUGAUAUGAGAGUACAUAAACCUUCAAACAUGUCCUCCAGAAAGAUACAAUCACCUAUUUCAGGAAGGACUAAAAAGUCGAAAACCCCUAAAAUUUUAGGACAACCUUUACCUUUGAACAGAUUAGUGGAAGUUCUAGAUCACAAAUCUUUACAAAAUUUGUUACAUAACUUGAUACAGAUUCACCCUGAAGUUUCCGGGACUGUCGACAAACUAUGCCCCAAACCAACAAUGUCAAGCUCACUUGCACUACUUAAAGAAAAAUUUGACAACAUAAUUAGCCACUUACCAUACAAAUGUGACAUAGAGAGUGAUUAUUCUUAUCUUAGGGUUAAAGGAUACUUGAAUGAGUUUCUCAAUUACCUUUCAGAUUUCAUUUUGAAUUACUUACCACCAAAUGAGACUAAUAUAGUAAAAUCCUUGACUUUCAUGGAUCUGGUGACUGGUAUGAUUCAUAAAUUACCUAAUUUUUCUAAUACUGAAUUUCAAUAUACCAAAUCAAUGGCCUAUGACCAGUUGUCUAAUACUUGGCUAAUCGCUUUGAGCCAAAAUAAACAAUGCUUAGAUGAUCAGUCUGUUGGAGAGAAUGGUUCAGAAACUGAUAUUUCAACCAGCUUAGUUAAAAUUCUCAAUGAAUUGGAAAUUGAGGAAAAGUUACAUAAACAUAAUGACCUCUCAAUGGGAAGAUUCAAUGUUGCUCUCGAUUUUGUUAAGUCUGAGAUGGAAAAUUUUGAAGUUCUUAAUCGUACUUUAAUCAACAAUGGUCAAAGCCUGAUUAACGAUCUCAUCACAAUUGACUAUUCCAAAUUUUCUAUUGCAGCCAAAACAUCUCAUUAG